AUGGAGGCAGAUAUGCUGGACGCCACCUUCUCGGACGCUGACACUCAGCAGCUGCUUCGCGCUCUCACCAGCCUGAACGGCCGCACCAUCGAGCAAGACAGCAUGCUGACGUACAUGCAGUCCAGCAUCUCCGAGAUCAUCUGCCAGGCCAUGGUCCAGAGCGGGCAGCGGCGCCCGCUGUACCCCGGCAAGACGCCGCAGGAGUCGGCCCUGCUUUUCCUGGCCCGCUUCCUGAAGGCCAAGAACUCCAUCGCCACCGACCUGUACGCGGCUGCUGUCCGCGCCGAGUACGAGGAGUUCCUCAACGAUUGCGCGGUGCCGCAGUUGCUGAACGACCUGAUGCAGCAAGAGAGGGAUGGCACGAAGACAUGGACGGAGUGGGACAGGAAGCGGUUCAAGGACCUCAAGUUGCACUUCGACGCGCUCUUUGAGAACGUCGAUGCCCAGGCGAGCGGCAAUCUCGCUGAGUGCUCGCAGGACGUCGACCUGUGA